CAACAAUUUAUUUACCCAUUUUUGCGUUACAAAGUGAGCUCCAAUUGGAUUUUUAUAAUUCCAAUUCCCAAUACAAUUGGGAAAAAUCCAUACCGUUUGUCCGCAAUUGGGAAAAACCCCAUACCGUUUGACCGAAAUUUGGAAAAAUCGAAUUGGGCAUUUCAUUAUCAAAGGGAGAAAUUUCAUAUAAUUGUAAAUAUAUAUUUAAUUUACAUAUAUGGCUGAUUUUCAAGAACAGCUAAAACAAUAUCGCCUUCAGAAGCGAAGGAAAAAAACGCUUGAAAACUUAAAAGACAAAUUUCACAGAUUUUGGAUGUUCGGCACAGGGUCUAGUAAUGAAACUAAAAUCGACUUGCAACAGCCUUCAAGCAACAACCAAGAAUUGUUCCUUGAAAAGUCGCACGAUGACUCUCUGUCCUCCAGUGCGGAUGAAUUGGUGGAAGAAAGCAACAUUGUUCCCGAAACCCAUGACCAUACAGACGGAAACGUACUCAAGUACACUCUUUGGACUGUAUAUCUUCUUUUUUGGAUAACUCUCUAUGUAAUAGCCAUUGAACUGAAGUUUGGAUUGGUUUAUCUUAUGUUUUCUGCCCUGUUUGGUAUUUACUUUAAUACGAGAACGGGACCAAAAAAACAAAACGAGAUUAGCGCAUACAGUGUUUUUAACAAGAAUUUUGAGAGUAUAGAUGGUACACUGAAGGCAGAGCAAUUUGAACGUGAAAUUCGAUACGGCUCAGGAAGUGUAAAAUAAAUUAAAUCUUUUAUAUAGUGCCUAAGCUUUUUUAGAUCAAUAUUAAUAGAGUAUACAAAAUAUGACAAUUAAAAA